AUGCAGCAAGAAAAUUCCAUAAUUGAGUUUCAUAAUGCACUAAGUAUAAUAUAUCCACCUACCUAUGAAUUAAAUGAAGCAGAAUUUCGAACUUGGAGAGCAAUGUUACAAGCAUGCGGAUGCACUAAUAUAAUGCCAUAUUCUAAAUCUAAUAAUAGAAAAGAAUUUUGGAGUCGAUCAAAUAACCCAAAUACUGACAAAGCUAACUUGAAAAUGUU